AUGGUCUGCGAGGGCACGAGAACCGGUAGAUGGUCAGGUCCGAAGUUUGUUGUAGGUCGACCGAGCCUCCUCGUCGUCGAAGGGGUUUCCGUGUCGUUCGUUUGGUGGCCCGGAGAGAGAGAGGCGCUCGGUGGAGGUUUGGAGCUUGGGUGGAGGAGGCCAAGAACGCAGAGACGCAGGACGAAAGCCUCGCGGGACGCUGAAGAGCGUGAAUGGCAAGGGCAACGAGCGAGACAGGGCAGGGUCAGCCGAGUCGAACCCAGGGAGGCGAGCUACACGCGGCAGACGGCAAGUGGCAGUGGACAAGCGCAGCGAACCUCAGCUAAGGUCCCUUCCCAUGUGAGGUCGGUAAGGGGGGAUUUGGCCGUGUGGGCAGGGCAGGAGGAGGUUUGCUUCCGGGUAACCAGCCUGGGGGGGGUGGCCUUGGUCGAGAGUGAUCCAAAAAGCGAGAACAACGUCAACGUCAGCAGGCUGCCCCAGCUAAGGUGCCUGUGCGAUGCGUUGCGUGCGAUCCCUACGCUGCGAUGCGGUACAUCUAGCGAUCGUCGAUGGGGGCUCGUCCGUUGA